AUGUCGGUAUGCGCGAGCUUAUGCCAAAUAGCAUCUCCGUCGGGUAGUUCCAUGGAUGACUCGAGCAUAUAUGAUUCGGGUACUGUCUCUAGUAUGGACUCAUUGUUGGGACCGGAGCGUAUGCAUCCGGACUUUCGCAUUCGACAGCGUCUUGAAGCCUCUCGACAGGGAAUGCUUCAACUUGAUCUCCUCAGAACAAAACAUCAAAGAUUAAUGCAGGCUAGUGAUAUGAUCUUCUAA